UGAGUUUUAACUGAUUCCACCAUACAGCACAGCACUCAAGAGCAUCAGAGUUACACACGGUGUGUUGUGUAACCUCUGACAGGGAAGACUGCUAUUGAUGGAGGUCCAAGGAUUUUUGAAUUGAACAAAUGAAGAGAGUUACAGGGACCAGUGUGAACAAAAGCUCCAAUGUUGCAGAGUAUAGGUGAUGUCUAAGGGUACAAAGUGGUCCAGUUUGCCUAGAAUGUAACGAGAGAGUUAGACGGGACUUGGGUGACCCUGUAAGAGUGGAGAGCUGGGCGGUCCCCGUUCUCCAAGGGCUUAGAAUGCCGACUAGAAGUCCUUAUUCAGAAAACAGAAUAGAAAGCACUGAUCAUUGGAACAGGGAUGUGACAGGAUCUUUGCAGAUAGACGAUAAGUCUCAAAGCACAAUGAAAACUGGAUUGGAGAGAAGACUGGAGGCCGAGAGAUCUCCUAGAAGGCUCUUAGAAAGGUGGGUGGAAGCAUGAGGCUAAUUGGAAUUGGGAAUCGAGCAGAAGCGGCCGGCAACGAACAUUGUGCAGGAAGAAUUGGUAGCUGAUCAUCUGGGAAAGAUGAGAGAGACAGAGAAGGCUUAGGAAUCAUGUGUGAGGGACACAGAAAUAGUGACACCAUGAAGAGGAAUGACUGUGUUUGGAUGUGCUGAGGUACCAUUGGGAUGGCCGAUCUGUAGACAGAUGGGAAUUUAAGUUUAGUUCUCAGAAGGGCUGGAGAAAGAGUUUGGGAAGUUGUUUGCAUAAUGAUGAUCACUGAAACCAAGAGAGCAUUUGCCAAAGGAAAGAAAAAGAGAAAAGGACCCAGGAACGUCUUGAGGAGAAGAGAGUCACCAUGGAAGUGGAAAAGAGGCACUUGGAGAAGAGUCGGAAGACUAGUCUAGAAGAGCACGAGAAGAGUGCUUAGUAUAAGCACUAAGUCCAGAUUUAUUGAAUGAGGGAGACCUUAUGAGGAGAGGACAUUGAGUCACACAAGGUGGUCAACAGUGUGAUUCUGCAGAGAUAAGGAAAAGGGAUCCUGAAAAGGCCAGGUGGUAAAACAUCAGAGACAGAAUGAGAGAUGUGGAAGUGGAGGCGUCCAAUGUAGAUGACAUUUUCAAGAAAUUUAGCAGUGAAGGUGAAGACAGAGAUGGGUUGGAUGGCAGCUGGAUGGGUUAGAAAGAGAAGGUGCUUUGUCACCAUAAAAUGCCAUGUAUGUAUCAGUUUGUCAGGAAUUAUUAUUGUAAAGAACCCAUGAGCCACAAUAGUGAAUUUAAGGAAAAGACUCCAUUGGGUUGUCACAACAUUUUUUUAAUUAAAGUUUUUUAUUUUUCAAAACAUAGGCACAGAUAAUUCUGCAACAUUAGCCCUUGCAAAACCUUGCGUUCCAAUUUUUUCCCCCAUUUCUCCCACUGCUCUCCCCCAGAUGGCAAGUGGUCUAAUACAUGUUAAACAUGGUAGAAAUAUAUGUUAAAUCCAAUAUAUAUUGCAACAUUUUUGAUGAAGAAGGUGGAGAUGAUGCAAGUCAGUCCGCUCAAAGAAACAUUUGGAUAAAUAUUACUGCUGCUGCUCCUGCUGUUCAUAACCAUGGAAUUCUGGAGUGCGUUAGAGGCGAAAGAGACUUCCAAAGAUAUAUAGUCGAGCUUCCUCUUUUAACAAAUAAGGCCCAAUAAGGGACUUUCCCAAGAUCCCCUAGUUGGGUAAGUGAUGGGGCUGGAGAUAAAGCUCUGGUCUCUCACCUGCCUGCCAGGAUUCCAUUAUGUUUACACAUACACUCUUUCAUUUCACCCUUAUUGCGAGGCAUUCAGAACAGGUCAUAUUAUCCCCACUUGACUAACAUUGUUAGACGCCCACGGUGGAGCCAGACCUAGCACUCCCAUUAGUCCAGCUGCACCAGGAGGGCUGAAGAGUUCACCAGAGAGCCAGUUGCACUUCCCGUUGCUCUUCCUUGCCCAUGGCUUCUGCCAAUAGGAAUUAGGACCAAGUCUCCCGGAGGAGUCACGGUGCCCGGCACAUCGGAGGCUUGUUUGUUCCUUGAUGGAUUGUCCCGUACCGUCACCUAGACUGCUUAGAGUGCCGUUGGCUGAUAGUCAAGCUCUGUCUCCUCAGAGCGUGGGCUCACAGCAGCGUCUCAGUAUGUUCUUCCUCGGGCCUCGGCAUCUCGUGUUGAAUCAUCCUCCGAUCUGCAGACAAGUUGGCCAUUUGGGAAGGGACGGUGGAGGCGUUCAGACGGGGGCGGGGGAUCAGAGAGCUUCUGCCACCUUUCCAAUCUGUGAUUUGUGGUUUUAAAAUCAACUUUCUUUGACUGGUUUUUCCUGUUUUCAGCGGCAUCCCCUUGGGGGGGAGCAUUCUCUCCUGCCUCUGAGACAGCUGGGCCUGCCUCCUUAGCCUUCCUGGCUCUCCCUAAUUGCUACCAUUAGCACCUCCCCAGGAGCGCUCCUCUUUCAUCAGCUGUUCACAGUGGAAGGAUCAUGGGAGAAGAAACAAAGAAGGAUGACACAGAUUACAAGAGACUACAGAUCUUUCCUCUGGUCAGACACUCGGACAUGCCAGAGGAGAUGAGACUGGAGACCAUGGAGUUGUGUGUCACCGCCUGUGAGAAGUACUCCAACAACAAUGAGAGCGCUGCCAAGAUGAUCAAAGAGACCAUGGACAAGAAAUUUGGCUCCUCCUGGCACGUGGUGAUCGGCGAGGGCUUUGGUUUCGAGAUCACCCACGAGGUGAAGAACCUGCUGUACCUGUACUUCGGCGGCACGCUGGCCGUGUGCGUCUGGAAGUGCUCCUGACACAGGCCGAGCCCCUCCCGGCCUCGCCCCGCCCCGCGGCUCUCCCGGGGCAGGGCAGCCUCAGGCCGGCCCUGGCUUUGGGAGGGAGCCCCGGGGCCUUCUCUUUCUCUCCGUGUGUGUAUUGUGUGUCUUUGUGGGCACUUCCCCUGGCACCUGGGUGCCUUACUUGUGCUUGUGUGUGUGUCCAAGUGUCUACCGUCUCACUCCAAGAGUUGGGAUAUGGGGGCAGCAGGCUCCGGGGCAGUGGGCAGGGAAGGAGCCCCCAGAGCGGAGCCUGAGCCAGUUGGGAAGGGAGGGGGCCCAGAGCUGCCCGGGGCUCCUCCCAGCUUCCCUUCCUGCAGCCUUUCAAGAGGCUUGGGGUCCCUCCAAGCGGCGCCUCUGGGCCCCCUGCCUGCAGGGCGGCUUCCCUCCGUCUUCACUGGCCAGUGAAGACUGAACCUCUCCUCCGGGCGGACAAGGGAUUAUUGCCCUUUCUUGUCCCCCAAGAAGGGAAGUAGCAGGACCUCCCCACGUGACCUCCUAGUUUACUCACCCACUGCAUCUUAAAUAGACUGGCAGCAGAAGCAGCCACCCCCUCUGGGGGCCUCUCCCCCCUCCUCCUCGCCUCCCUCCAGGAGGCCAGGUCAGCCUUUUCACACCUCCACCACCGAGGGGGGGGAGGCUGGAAACCCUCCCAAGUCACGGAGGGGGCGCCAGCGGCCUGGUUUGCCCUCCCGGGUGGGCCCCCAAGGCUGCUGCUACUUAGUCAUCAGGGACCCUGUAUAUUUGUACAACUUAUUUCUCUGUCUUGGGUUUUCUAUGUGUUUUUUUGAGCGUGGGUUGGAGAGGGUAUUUAGUAGAAAGAAGAACUAACUGUAUUUUACACAACAGUUUUAUUUAUAUGAAUGUUUUUGGUUUUUAUGAUUAAAGUUACCAGAAACAGA